AUGAGAUUUAUCUUCCGUCGUCAUCUUCCGUCUUCGAAUUCUCUUCUUCUUCGUUAUCAUACGAAAUCGCUUAAAUCAAACGACGCAUUGAAGCAUUAUCUUGAAUCUGGAGAGCCAAACAAAGCUCUUUUAGAUUUCCGGCAUCGAUUCAGAGAGAGUCCCUGUUUCAUAGACAGUUACUCUGUUUUGUUCGCCAUCAAAGCUUCAUCAUCAAUUCAGAAAGCUUCUUCAUUUCACGGUAGGCAGAUUCACGCUCUCGCAACAAAACUAGGGCUCGACAGCGUAAUUCAAAUUCGAACAUCGCUUUUGAGUUUCUACUCUGCUUCCGGUGAUCUCGCCGAUGCACGCAAGGUGUUCGACGAAACGCCUAAGAAACAGAGCAUCGUCUUGUGGACGGCGAUAGUUUCAGCUUACGCUGGGAAUGAGAAUCCUUUGGAAGCUAUUGAGCUGUUUCAACGAAUGGAAUCGGAAAGGAUCGAGCUUGAUGAAGUGAUUGUGACUGUGGCUUUAUCGGCUUGCGCUGAUCUCGGAGCGGUGGAGAUCGGAGAACGGAUUUACCGUCGCAGCGUCAAGAGGAAACGAAGAUUCGCCAUGGAUUUGACUCUGAGAAACUCUCUUCUUAACAUGUAUGUAAAAUCUGGAGAUGUUGAGAAAGCGAGGAAGCUCUUCGAUGAAACGUUGAGAAAAGAUGUGACUACUUACACGUCUAUGAUCGUUGGGUAUGCUUUAAACGGUCAAGCUGAAGAAUCUUUAGAACUCUUCAAGAAGAUGAAAACGAGGCAAGAUUCGUCCACGGUGACUCCAAAUGAUGUGACUUUCAUCGGCGUUUUGAUGGCUUGUAGUCACGGCGGUCUAGUGGAAGAAGGGAAACGACAUUUCAGGAGCAUGGUUGAGGAUUACAAUCUGAAACCUAGAGACGCUCACUACGGAUGUAUGCUUGAUUUGUUCUGUCGUUCAGGUCGUUUGAGAGAGGCUCGCGAGUUUAUAAAUCAGAUGCCGGUUAAGGCGAACGCGGUGAUGUGGAGAACGAUGCUCGGCGGUUGCAGUCUUCACGGGGAUGUUGAGCUCGGAGAAGAGGCUCAGAGACGGAUCUUUGAUUUGGACGGUGGUGGUGGUGAUCAUGUGGGAGAUUACGUUGCGUUGUCGAAUCUCUACGCUUCGAGAGGAAUGUGGGAUGAGAAAGUGAAGAUGAGAGAUCGUGUGAGGAAGAGAAGAGUCCCUGGGAAAAGCUGGAUUGAGCUUGGAAGUAGCAUCACUGAGUUUGUUUCAGGUGAUGAUGGUGAGAAGAAGAAGGUUAGUGAGGUUUUGAAGUGUUUAGUUGCUUGUAUGACAAGUUAUGCUUGUAAUUGA